AUGACAGGCUAUGACAUUUGUUCCAUCUGCCUAUCUAGACCAAGAAAUCCAUUCAUUUUGUCAAACUGCAGGCAUUACUUUUGCGGUUCGUGUCUACAGGAUUUGAUUGCACUUAACGACAACUUAAGCUGCCCCAACUGCCAAAUUCGUCCCGUUGUCAUACCGGCGUUGUAUACCAGGUACUGCAUGGAUAUGGAAUGCCCCCCACACAGUGACUGCAAAAAACUCCACGUCGACAGUUUCAUCACUAAGAAACCUCAGACGACGCCUGAUCCACCGCCAGUAGAGGACGCUUCAGGACCGGCGGCAGAACCGGUGAAAGAAGCUCCUGGCACGUCAGCAGCGAUGGCGCAGGCAGCAGCUAGACCAUCGUGGCUUGUGGAGGUAGCAGAGGGACCAGGAAGGGGGUUUGUGGUGGUAGAUGCGGGACAGUCGAAUUGGGUUGUGGAGGUAGCAGAGGGACCAGCGAAAGGACUUAUGGAGGAAGUGCCAAGGCCGACAACACCUGAGACGUGGAAACCCCCACCGGAUGCCACGUUUUGCUUCGACGUCUUCUGUCCAGGAGGAAAGGAGGCGAGGUGUGGAAAGACACACGAAGAAGACUUUAACUUUCAUUAA